AUGCUUGGAUUCGCGGCGUCUCUUUUGGGGGAGGCGGUAACCGGGCAGGGCAUUCUGGCACAGCUGAAUCUCGAGACGGGGAUCCCAGUGUAUGAAGCCGAGCCGCUGCUGCUCUUCUUUGUCCUAUUCAACAUGCUCGGCGCGGUCGGCGCACUGGGGGACCGCGGGAAGUUUGUCCUGGAGCCGGUCAAGCCGCCCGUGCCGCCCGCUAAUGCCGGGUGGAAGGGCGCUCUGGGAUUGGUGGAAAAUGGUCCCGUGCUCGGGUUCACCAAGUCAAACGAGCUUUUUGUGGGCCGUGUAGCCCAGUUAGGGUUUGCCGCAUCCCUAAUCGGAGAGGUGAUUACAGGGAAAGGCGCGCUGGCGCAACUCAAUAUAGAAACGGGUGUUCCUGUUUCGGAAAUAGAGCCUCUGGUGAUUCUGGGGAUAAUGCUGCUGUUCUUAUCGGCCAUCAACCCCGGUACUGGCAAGUUCAUCAACGACGAUGAUGACAGUGCGGAUUCGUUUUGA